GUUACCCUGCACGCUAACGCGGUUCGUUUACCUAAUCAACCCGGUUCAAGUUUUUCCUUUUUUUUUUCCUUUUUUUUAUGUAUUUCUAGAAUAUCAGGUUCCUCCCCUGAGUGUCUUAAUUUCCACCUUUUUACCCCAAUAUUUUUCGUAUUUCCUAUUGCUUACCCCACAAUGAGAGCACUUACAUACCCAGGAUAAUAGAAUACCAUUAACUCGUUGCCGGAGUCCACACAAAAUAUGGCUACUUUAGCCCCUCUGAACAAUGAUGCUCAACUAGUUCAAAGCAUAUGCGCAGCCGUAGUAAAGGGCAGCUGGAAGAAUCUCUUGAGAUCCAAGAUAGGGUCUAAUCUUACUACAACAACCGUUCACCAGGUACUAUUGCAGCUUUCUUUAUAUAGUAAUAGUCCUUCUCUUUCUUGGGCAUUCUUCAAAUGGAUUGAAUCAUCGAUUCCUUACUAUAAACAUUCCUUACAAUCUUCGUGGACAAUGAUUCACAUUUUAACCAAGUACAAACACUUCAAGUCUGCACAGAGUGUAGUUGAGAAGAUUGCCUAUAAGGAUUUCUUGUCAACUCAAUCGGUUUUGAGUGCUUUAGUGAGGCUUCAUGACGACCCAGAUGUGAAUUCUCAUGUUUGUAGCUGGCUUGUGAUAGUUUAUGCGAAUUCCAAAAUGACACAGGAAGCUCUUCAGGUUCUUGAGCACAUGAGAAUACAUGGGUUUAGGCCACAUUUGCAUGCUUGUACUGUGCUAUUGAAUUCGUUGGUCAAGGAAAGGCUGACUGAUAUGGUGUGGAAAGUUUAUAAGAAGAUGGUUAGAAUUGGAGUUGCAGCUAAUAUUCAUGUCUACAAUGUGUUGAUUCAUGCUUGUUGUAAAUCUGGGGAUGUGGGGAAAGCGGAGAAGUUGUUAAGUGAAAUGGAAUCAAAAUGUGUUUUUCCUGAUCUUUUCACGUACAAUACGUUGAUUUCAUUGUAUUGCAAAAAGGGUAUGCACUAUGAAGCUUUGUGUAUUCAAGAUAGAAUGGAUAGGGGACAAAUUAGCCCUGAUAUUGUUACUUAUAAUUCACUUAUUUAUGGCUUUUGUAGAGAAGGUAGAAUGAGAGAGGCUCUUAGGCUUUUUAGGGAAAUUAAAAAUGCUACUCCUAACCAUGUGACUUACACUACUUUGAUUGAUGGGUAUUGUAGAGUGAAUGACCUUGAUGAGGCAUUGAGAUUGCGAGAAGUAAUGGAAGCACAAGGGCUGUAUCCUACAGUUGUUACUUAUAAUUCAAUUCUGCGCAAGUUAUGCGAGGAAGGCAGGAUAAGAGAUGCAAAUAAGCUCCUAAAUGAGAUGAAUGAAAGGAAGAUUGAACCAGAUAAUGUCACAUGUAACACAUUGAUUAAUGCUUAUUGCAAGAUAGGGGACGUAAAGUCAGCUUUGAAAGUGAAGGACAGAAUGGUGGAUGCUGGUUUGAAGCUAGAUAAGUUUACUUACAAAGCAUUGAUCCAUGGAUUCUGCAAAAUUAAGGAGAUGGACAGUGCCAAAGAGCUUUUGUUCAGCAUGCUUCAUGCAGGAUUUUCUCCUAGUUACCACACUUAUUCAUGGCUUGUAGAUGGUUACUGCGAUCAACACAAGGAAGAGGCAGUUAUCAAACUCCCAGACGAGUUUGUAAGAAGUGGUCUUUGUGCUGAUAUAUCCUUAUACAGGGCACUAAUAAGGAGGCUUUGCAAAAGAGAAAAGGUUGAUUGUGCUCAAAGAAUAUUUAGUCUCAUGCAAGAGAAGGGCAUAUUGGCAGAUAGUGUCAUCCACACUAGUCUAGCAUACGCAUACUGGAAAAUUGGAAAGGCAAAUGCUGCUUCAGAUCUGUUGGAUGAAAUGUACAGAAGAAGGCUGAUGAUUACUGUAAAAAUCUACCGGUGUUUUAAUGCUUCUUAUGCUGGUGACAAAAGCAUCUUAAAUCUUUUCUGGAAUCUUAUGGUUGGCAGACGCAUAAUGUCAAAGAAUAUAUUAAAAGAUAUGCAAUAGAUAAAUUAACACUCAUGAGGGAAUCUAAGACUUGAAAAAGUUGCCAGCUUCAAUGCCUCAUGUUACCAUUAGGUGACAGUGUAUGCUGGUUCUCCUCUCAGCCUGAGAUGUCAGAUGUUGAUUGGACUAACAAGAAAAUGAUCGCAACUACAUUCUUCCUGAAAAUACAAUAAAGUUCUUGACAACCAAAUCUAUAAGGCAGAAACUUCAUAUGUAGAUUUGUGCAAGUGCUGUUGCUAUCCAGAAGACAUAGAUGAAGGCAUGAAGCACGUCUAUUCAUGGCCAAAAUGUGGAGUUCAUUGUUCAAAAUAAAGCAGCAGUGUUCUGUCUAAUGCACCGUGACCUUCACUUUGCCCAGUUCUCUUGGUCAAUGGGAUUACUAGUCCACAAGCUGAUGCGGAUAAGGCUUAGCUGGAAUUCAACUGGAAAGGGUUCCGAUGAGAUUGCGAGAUUUCGAAUGAUGAUGCAAAUUAAUGCACAGUUUUGAGAUCUGCACCCUUUUUUAAGCUUAGUACACAUGUUUAUUUAGCUUCACUUUCUAGGGUGAUCUUUUCACAUCCUUUUUCAUGGAGAAUUAGUAGCAUCAUGAUCUUGAAGUGUUGAAUGUGAACUGUGAAUUAACUUAUCAUGGUAGGAAGUGAGCACUUUAGGCUCCAAUAAAUUCGCCUUAAAAAUAUACUCUGGUAAAAUUAGCAAUAAAAUGAAUUUUGAA